AUGCGCCCUGCUGAGAACAAACCACCUAGUCUCUCCGAAAUUCUCGAGAACUGCAGCUUUGUGGAGGCCGGUGGUUGGGAAGAUGAUUUACUGCUUCUUAACAACCUCGGAAAAACCAUUAAGUCUGCUCACAUGAUUGAGCGAAAGCACAAUCUGAAGGUUUCGAAAGCCGGUGGCGUCGACGACAAUGUUGAGUCUUAUGUUGCCCCUCAAAAGCGUGCCCAUGGGUCAUCUUAUGCGGUGACUCUUACUAAAAAGAAGCCCCGUGGUACCACUUCCCCUCCAUCGAAACAACUGUUACAUUUGAGGAAACCUAUAAUAACCCUUUCUGAUUUGCGCACACGCAAGUGA